AUGUCUGCUUAUUCGCCAAUGCUUACUGUUUCAUCUUUGGGCCGUCAUAGUCUAUUACUACAAGAGGAUGAGUUUUCACUUGAGGCUACUGUAGCUGACCAUACUCUGGGUCUUGACUCUUGGCAAGCCACUGGACAUCCAUUAGUUACUUCUCAUCAUAGUCUGGCACCAGUUGUGGUCCCCCCCAAUUAUUCAUCUACUACGCCCCCACUUCUCCAAGUAUCUGGUGAUGACGAUAGUUUAUCGUCAUACUCUACUUCACCAGUUACCCCAUCAUACUCAUAUGGCCCCAACAUUGCUGGACUGCCGCAUGACAGUAGUUCGACCCUGGUCAACUACUACUACUCUCCUCCACAGGGCCCAAUUGGACUAGGAAUCGAUUUUUCCGAGUCUCCCAUUCACUAUCAAGAGUCAUUGGCCGACUUCUGCCUGGGUGGCGAGAAGCCCAAAUUCAGCAACGACCAAUUCUUCUCUUUAACAGACUCUCCUAUCAGCAUUAUAUCUACCAGUCCAAUGGACACUAGUUUUUGCGAUCCCAAGAGUUUGGAACUGGCUGCUGAUCAGAUGUCGGCAGAGUCUCAACCUGUUCUGGAAACCAAGGUUCCUGCCGCUGCCACGGUUUCCACUGGUGCUGCUACUGCUCCCUCUGGUGCUACUACUACUACUGCUGGUACUGUUGUUACUGCUGGCGAGAGUUCCAUCAUGGCUACUAGUACCACCUCACUCACUAGCAUCGACUUCGAGCCUAAAGCCAAGGCUACUCGAAGAAGAUCUUCUGCUAAGAAGGAUAGAAAGAAGUCCGAGGCUGGCCCUAAAGACAGAAAGAAGUCCGAGACUCCUGCUUCUGAGUCCACUACCCCUAGACCAAGAGUUCGCAAGAGAAAGUCAGAACUGUCACUUGAUCUGUCAGAAAUCGAUAAUACCACCACCUCCACACCCAUUGCUACUGCCAGCAAAGACUCUGCCAAGAUCCCAGUAAGAGUUGCUGCUCCACCACGAAAGCGCAGAAAGUCCUCGCAACCCGCAUCUUCUACUUCUCACGUUGGUUCCAGUGGUGCUACUAUUGUUACCUUCUCAGCAGUCUCUCCCGUAAGCCCACACCUCACUGCUGAGACUCUAGCCAGUCUUCCAGUUGAUAUCGCAUCUCCUGGAGCCGAGUCGGAUGCCACUAUUGAAGAAGAAGACAUUCCUUCGCCAAUCAACCCCGAUGACUUUGAAUAUGAAGCAUCGCUAACAAAAGACGACAAGUCUCUUAGAUCCGACCGCUGUUGUUCCAAAGCCGGUUCCGACCAUACACACGCCUCGUCAUCAAAAUCCGACUCUAAAUCACAAUCAGGGUCCACUUCUCUGCCAGUGACAGUCUACCGACGGGGUCGCAAGCCUUCAAACAACGACGAUUCGUCGAAACCAUUCCUGUGUGAAGAUUGCAACCGUACAUUCAGAAGACAGGAGCACCUGAAACGUCAUUACCGGUCACUUCACACUGGCGAGAAGCCAUUUGAGUGUGAAGACUGCGGCAAAAAGUUCUCCAGAUCCGACAAUCUGGCACAACACAUGCGGAUUCACGCCAGACACACUGGAUCCACUACCUCCACCACGUCCACUUUAGACGACGACUCGUCUGCCACAGCCAGUGGAGACGACGAAAACGACACUGAUAGCGACAGCGAGCGAGCUGUCAAGACCACCAGCUCUCGCAAAGACCACAAAUAG